AUGUCGAGAAGACGAAAAAUAUCGGAGGUUUGUUUUUUCUCCCAAAAAUUCAUGAGAAAUUCUUUGUUUUUUUCAGAACUCGAGUUCUGAUAUUUCAUGGUUCGAUAUUCCAUUUGAGAUGAGAGAAAUGGUUACAAAUAAAAUGGAUAUUAGAACAAGAUGUAAAUUAUUGCAAUGUUCGAAGAAAUGUGAAGAGGAAGUGAAAAUAUCGGAACGUUUUCUAGCAAACAUCAAAAUCAGUCGAUCAAAUAAUCCAGAAAUUCAUAUUGGACUUGGUAGAUCAUAUAUUUCUCAUUAUUGUUUGGAAUUCAUUGAUGUUUCAAAUUUAUCAGAACCUCAAGUAAUUGUUUUAUAUAAAACGUAGGUUUUUCUAAAAAAAUUAUAUAAAUAAAUAAAAAAUGGUAUAUUUUUUUCAGUGUUCGAUUUUCUCAAUCUAAAGAUGAACCUGGAAAUGAGAAAAAAGAAAUAAAAUGGAUGAAAACUGAAAAUGGAAAAGCGGAAGAAAUAAGAUCGAAAUAUUUGAGAGAAUUUAUUGGAAAAUAUUCGAAAACAAUUGGAAACAUCGAAAUUUAUGUGAGUUUUUUGAAAAAAAAACUUUGUUUGUACUAGAACAUUUUUAGGAUGAAAAAUUCAUGGAAUCAAAAAACUGUGGUAUAAAAGAAUUAGCAAAUUUGAAACAUUUCGAAAAUCAUUUCCAACAAUUAGAAGGUUCUUCUUAUUCUAUCAAAAUGGAUGAUUUGAAUGAAGAAGAAUUUGAAAAAUAUUUGAAAAUGUUGAAAAAUGGAGAAUGUCACAGAAACUUGAAUUUUUUGCGUGCCUCUGGCAAAUUCUCGCCAAAUGCUGUGAAUUGUAAAAGAAUUGCUGAAAAUCUCGAUGCAAUUGAUUUCUCGUCGCAAAAUUUUGAUUCGUGGGUUUUUUCCGCUGAAGCGGAAGAUAGUGCCGCUAACGCGGAAGCUUGCGGUCUACACUCGCUUUGCUCGGAAUCAAACAUUUCUUUCAGAUGUCAAUUUCGAUUUGUUCCAAAUUACGAAAAAGGAUUCGAAUGUUGUUUUGAAGUUUUUUUGAACUCAACAAGUUUCAGUAUUUGUAUCCAGAGUCAACCAAUUAUUGAUUGA